UUUUGAGUACGUGUUACGUAACAUACAAAAAAAUCUCCUCUUCAGUAAUGAAUAUAAAAAUGUGAAAAAAUGUUACAUAUGAGUGCAUUUCGUCUUGGAAAGUUUCUUCACACUUUCUGGAGAUUGCUCGAUCACAACCACCACGACUACAUAUUUUUUUUCUGCUGCGAUCUUAAAAAUGUUCACGACGUCCUCAUCUUCUUCUAUUUUGAUAUGCGUCAUUUUACCAUCUAUCGUACGCUCUUGUCGAAGAACUUGUCUGUCUGCUUUCACGCGAGUGCGACGUUCAACCUCUGCUUUCAUUGUGGACAAUGUGAACUCGUUUAAUAAGCACUGACUGACAACCUUUUCGUUUUCUUUUCUUGCUAUGAAUUCGGUCUUCAAUGCCUCGCUAGAAUCAGCUGAAUAUUUCUCCUGUGAAAUAGGCACGGAUUCGUUAUUAUCAAUUGAAUAUGUGUUCUGGGGUGUAGGCAUGGAUUCGUCAGCGUCUACAUCAGUCGAAUUAUCUGCUUCUGUGGGAAAGUAGGAAACAUAGUGCAUAUAGCCUCCUCCGCAGUGAAGCGUGCUCUCGGAUUCUCUUGAAGCAAAUUUCGUAUUAGGUUCACCAACUUUUUAUCGUCUUUGUGAUAUAUGUGUUGAUUUAUGUCAUGUUCGCCUCGUCUUAUUGCCUUAAUCUCCUGCUUCAAUUCUGAACUCUCUAGGACGGGGUAACGGCUAAUGAAAUACAACACAACUCCGACACUGUAAACGUCUACUUUGAGAUCGUAUUCUUUCUCCUUGAGCUCCGGCGCCGUGUAUGUACCGUCGUGAGAGAAAGACAUCAGCAUCUCUUCAGGCUUUACUGUCCAUCCAGGUGAGAUCUUAAUUUUUAUCCUAUCCUUUGGCCUAGCAAGCCCCAAAUCCCCGAUCUUGACAUGGAUAUCCCUGAUUUGUUGUGGAUUUUGAUUUACGACGAAGAUAUUACCGGGGAUGAAUAUCGCGAUGUAUCCAUUUCAUUUUGUGGAUGGCAACCAGGCCGUUCAAAAUUUGUUUAACUAUCUGCUGGUAAAAUCGUGGCCACCUUGGAGAUUGGAUAAACUAAGUGCCGCGUGGAUUGUUCACGAAUGUUUUUAGGUUUGCCGAACACAACUCCAUUUGAAUGCACAGUUUUCGUUUGUCACCAGCUUGCAUUACCCAGCUAUCGAAAUAUUUGAUAACAUUUGAGUUAUUCAGCCGAUACAAGGAUUCUAUUUCUCGAUACUGAUAUUCCAAAUGAUCUCUAUUGUUUACAUCAUAAGUCAAGAUUUUUAUUGCAAAUUGUUUGCCUUCAUUAACGCCUUCCUUUGUACACUUGGCCUUGACGACCUUAGCAAAGGUGCCUCUACCAAUAAUAUGUUCAACGUCAAACUCCCGUUUACUAGCUUUAACAGCCUCUCUGAUGUUUUCAAGCCAGAUUAUAUCGUCCAUGUUUUUGUAUCUUUACUAAAUAAAUGUACUGAAUAUGAUGUAUGAACGAAACCAAUCUGUCUUGUGAUUAAUGGAUCACGCAUGUCCACUAUUAAUUAUUCCACGAUAACGUGCAGUUCUUUAAAAUUCUUUAGAUCUGCGGGUGCACCUGAGAUGCUGGGUAAUUGAUAAGCAGCCAGAUAUACUGUUCAUGUAUAAUUUAUAAAAUUGGUUAUAAAGUAGGGGUGUUGAUUGCAUGCUUGACUUUUGUAUUGAUUGGAAAGAACUUUACAGUUCUGGCAUUGUUAAACAUAUGUAGCCUAUGGUUUCAAAAGCCUUGCACACAAAAGUCGUAUUCACCUGUUGGUUUUUACAAUCAUUCAUGCAUGCUAACCCAUGCUGCGGGCUUUUCACAAAACUGCCAGCGUCUCUUCAAUCAUUUUAAUUUAUGACGAACCCAUAAUACAAUGUUGAUUUAAUUAAAACACUGCUCGCGGUUGUUCAAAUUUUCCGGCUGUCAGCCGGCGUCAAACGUGCUAAUCGGGUGACUGGAUUUAUAUAUAUAUAUAUAUAUAUAUAUAUAUAUAUAUAUAUAUAUAUAUAUAUAUAUAUAUAUAUAUAUAUAUAUAUAUAUAUAUAUAUAUAUCGUCAUCAUGAUAUUACUUCAUAAUGACGGUGCAAUAAAUCUAUAUAUAUUAUUUGUAUUCAUUCGUAUAACGAUUUGCGUUCAUGGAAGAACAAUUGCAAACAAAACGGGCGAUUGAGGAAUUAAAAACUGAUUUAUUAAGCAGACAUUUUCAAUAUGAAGAGGAACUUGGUACAGGCAGCGAAGGUAAAGUUGUUAAAGUCGAACACAAAAUUCAUCGACAGAAAUACGCCAUAAAAAUGCUUCGAAAGCAGCAAGGCGAAAACGGGAAUUUGUUGAGCCGUGAGCAGAGCGGACGGGAACUGAAUAUACUUAAAAAUAAAAGUUUAUGCAGACAAAAUAUUGUCAAUUAUUACCAUCAUUUUGACAUGACCAGCUCCAACAAUCCAUAUCUGUGUAUUGUACUAGAGCCCUGUGGAAUUAGCUUGGGACAAUUCGUCUACAACGAGGAGACAGGCGGCAUUAAGUUUAUCGCAUCGCGACAUUCAUGCUGGUAAUAUCCUUAUACGACAUCAUCCAGAUCCACGACGAAUCAAUGAUGGUUGUGUCAAGAUCGCCGAUUUUGGUCAAGCUAGAGAAAUUCGGUCGGCGAUGGACGCAGUAAUGUUUCCUCGGUUUUCUUCUGAUAAAGGAGGAAUGGCGCCUGAAGUGCUACAACGACUACCUUACGAUUACAAAGCUGAUAUAUUUAGCGCAGGGUUUGUGAUGCUUUCUGUCUAUCGCUAUCUUGAGAGAAAAUUGAAGCAGCCAUUGGGUCAGGAUGCCAGCAACAAGUUACCUGGCCUAAUAGAUUGGCUGGAGCAAAAAGACCCGCAAAAACGCCCGACUGCCGCAAAGGCUUUAGAAUGGUGGGCUCGAUCGAUCGAGGUCUUGUUUGUUAAUGGCAAUGCAGAGCAAGAGACCAUCGUUGGCUCGAUCGUUGGUAAGUGUCGUAUUCUAAAGUUACUACAGCAAUAGUGCGGGUUAUUGUAAAAUUGUUGCUUUCAAACAAUCAAAUUUUCUCACACACUGCUGGGAUGCUGCACACGCAAGCCUGGCCUUUAAAAUAAACACAAAUAUCUCAAACUAAUUAUCACACGUUAGAAUAAACCCAAUGAUAGUUAGCACUACUGCAACUACAUAAUAGCUUAGGCACUUCCUACCAGUAGGGAGGGUGGGUGGAUCACAGGUCAGGCUAGCAUAAAAGUGAUUCUCAUGACCACCUGGACUUCACCCUUGAUCUAGCCUGCUCGCAGGCCGUUGUCAGGCUACCCUUGAUCCAGCCCCCCAGCAGUGCAUAAGAAAAACAUUUCUGCCUUUUUCUAGUCUACCCAUUGACAUUUGUUUCUCUCAGAGAUAUGAGAGAUUUAUAA